AUGGAGGAUACUCAUUCUGAUAGCAAAAGCAGCACAGCCGGUGGUGACUGUUACGUAGAACAAGAACAGGUGAUGCUUGCCGAACAUAAUCCCAAGAAAAGAGCCGGAAGGAAGAAGUUUAAGGAGACCAGACACCCGGUUUACCGGGGAGUCAGACGGAGGAAUACCGGAAAGUGGGUUUGUGAGGUMAGAGAGCCAAACACUAAGUUCAGGGUGUGGCUGGGGACGCAUCCCACGGCUGAAAUGGCAGCCAGGGCACAUGACGUGGCGGUUUUGGCCAUGAGGGGCCGUUCUGCAUGUUUGAAUUUUGCGGACUCAGUGUGGCGGCUUCCGAUCCCGGAGUCCAGAAAUAUAAAAGAUAUACAGAAGGCGGCGGCUGAGGCAGCAGAGGCGUUCCGGCCGAGAGAGGAUGCGGCGGAGAUGGAGGAAAGGAAAGAGUUGCCGGAAAUUUCGUUAUACAAUGAUGAAGAGAUGAUGUUUGGAUUGCCGGAAUUCUUUGCCAGYAUGGCAGAGGGACUGAUGGUAACGCCACCGAAUACGUUGGGAUACGGUAACUCAAUGGAUGACGDCGACUGUGGAAUUGACGKGUCUUUAUGGAGCUUUUAG